UCGCGCGCUUCUGUUCUCGCGCUGACGAUUAAACAACGCACGAGCCCGGUUUAACACGCGCGAGCGAUGGGAUAUAAGCGCUUUUUAAGAGUUGGGAGUUCUCUCUGAGGCGAUCCGGAGUUCUUGAAUUAAAAAAAAUAAAUAACGAAACAAAGACAACACUGUCUAAUCCUUCACGGGAGAAGGGAAUGAAAACUCGGCGGUGCUAAAGAAAUAAAGUAAGGGGGUGCCAUGCCGGCUGCAGCUCCCCUGCUAUUCCUCCAUGCCAUCUGCUGGUGGCAAUUGGUGCUGUUCCUGCUGUUGCCCCCCCUGCCCCUUUUUGCCCUUACCAACCCGCCGACCUUCAUCUCUCUCCACGACUCGCACUUUAAUCACCUCCUACUGGACUCCAGCUCGGGCUACGUCUACAUAGGUGCAGUCAACGCGCUCUACCACCUCUCCCCAGAUCUCCAGCUCGUCUCAUGGGGCAAAACAGGACCCACGCUGGACAGCCCCAACUGUUUACCCCCAAUCGAACUUGAAAAUUGCAAAGAGGCACGGAAAACUGACAACACCAACCAACUGCUGCUGCUGGAGAGACAGGAAGAGUACCAAGCACAGAGCCUGAUCGUGUGUGGCACUGUGCUGCAAGGCAUCUGCGAGAAGCGCAGCCUGGCCAACGUCUCCCAGGUUCUGUACCACACAGCCAACCCAGUGGACACGCAGUACGUAGCUGCCAAUGACCCUCGCGUCUCCACCGUGGCCGUGCUUACCGAGCACAAAGGCAUACGCCUCAUGCUUGUGGGAAGAGGCUACACCAGCAAAGGGCCUGGUGGGAUUCCACCAAUAACAACGCGGCGCCUCGAGCGCUACCAGUCUUCUCCUGCGUUUUCACAUGAGGACUUGGGGAAGCUUGUAGUGGGCAGUUACUCUCAGUACAACACCCAGUUUGUGAAGGCGCUCCAUCACGGCACGUAUAUUUAUUUCCUGUUCUCACGCCGUGAUACAUUAAAAACACGUGAUUAUCAGACUUACAUAUCACGCCUCUGUGCCGGAGACCCCAGCUUUUACUCGUAUGUGGAGGUACCACUAAGCUGCACAGGAGGUUACAACCUGGCACAGGCAGCCGCGAUGGGAACUCACCUUGGACAAGCCACCAUCUUUGUCGCAAUGGCGGCAGGGCAGGUGUCGACACCUACUCCCACGGGUCGCUCGGCCCUGUGCUUGUACAGCAUGGAGGAGCUGGAUCAGGCGCUGGAGCGGGCACGGCUUCAGUGCUAUACGCAGGAAGGAAAAGGAGACAGAGAGCAGGAGGCCUACAUCGCAUAUGAAGUCUCCUCCAAGUGCCUCAAACUUGGUCCGAAAUCUGUGACCGAGUACCCGUGCGGAGGCGAACACACCCCUAGCCCCAUCGCCAGUGCAGUGCCCCUCCAAGCCACGCCUGCCAUCACAUGGGCAACUCAACUCACUGCCGUUGCUGUAGCAACCGAGGCGGGUCACACCAUUGCACUCCUGGGUGACAAGAGUGGACAUCUUCACAAGGUCUUUGUCCAUGUGAAUGGUUCAGGUUCUCACUAUGACUCGGUGAGGGUGGACCCCCAGAGCUCCGUUAACGCUGACCUCCUGCUGGACUCCACCUCACGCAGUGUUUACAUCAUGACUGAGAGGAAGGUAACACGUUUGCCUGUGGCUCAGUGUGAAAGGCAUUCAGACUGUCACUCAUGCCUCUCUGUCCGAGACCCCUACUGCGGAUGGUGCUCACUAGAGGGCAGGUGCACACGGAAGCUGGAUUGUAAACGCCAUUUGGAGCCUCACCACUGGCUGUGGAGUUACGGUCAUGAUCGGCAGUGCGUGUCUAUCCAGAGUCUGAAUCCAUCUAUUCAGAGCCGGGAGGAACAGACAGAGGUUUCUUUUACGGUGAUGCCAUUGCCAGCACUGUCUCAAAAUGAGUCUCUGUCUUGUGCCUUUGGAAAUUUACCUGCCGGACCUGCCAAUGUGGAAGAGAACAGAAUCACCUGUCAGUCACCACAACCUAUGCUCCUCCCCCCGAGUCCACCAGGCAAUGAUCACAUGACUAUCAGGCUAGCACUGAUGUUUGGGAAAGUCACCGUGUCUGACACUAAUAUCACCUUCUAUGACUGCAGGGCUGUGGGCAGACUCAACUCUACCUCACCGUGCAUGGCGUGUGUGAGCAGCGAAUGGCCGUGUCACUGGUGCGCCCGAGAUGAACUCUGCACUCAUAACCACAGCUGCCCCCAGCAACACAUCAUCUACAACAGCAGGGAGAAGUCAGAACCCCAAGGUGCAGACGCAUGUCCGUGUGUGUGGGCCUUGGAAAGUUCAUCUUUAAUUCCAGUCGGAGUCGACACACAGCUGUUACUACAGGGCAAAAACCUGGGCAUAUUUAAGGGCGACGAGGAUUACGAGUGUGUGGUGGUAAUUGAGGGCCAGGAGACACUAUUACACGCCACCCUGGACAGGAGUGUAGACACGGGCACACACGUGUUCAAGUGCGCCACUCAUAAGUUUCAGUACACAGUAAAACAGAUGGAGUACUUGGCUCCAGUGUACCUGCAGAGAGACACCCGGCGUAUAGACUCAGCUCCACACCUCCGCUUGCAGCUGUAUAACUGCUCAGUGGAUAAGUCCGACUGUAGUCAGUGCCGUGCUGUACCGGAGCAGUACGGCUGUGUGUGGUGUGGAGGAGAAAGUCCACGCUGUGUGUUUCAGGAGUCCUGCACCAGGAUUACUAAAGAAGCCUGUCCUCCACCGCUUAUUACCAAGGUGGAGCCACUGACAGGACCGUUAGAGGGAGGGAUUUUCCUUACAAUCUUGGGCUCCAACUUGGGUCAGAGUUUCGAGGAUAUCGAGAACGGAGUCACAGUGGCUGGAGUCCCCUGCAAGCCACUGCGCAACUCUUACAGUAUAUCAAACCGGAUCACUUGUGAGCUUCAGCCCUCCAUGAGCGUGACCGCAGGGCCAGUGGUGGUGACCGUGGGCAGCUCAAAGCCGGGUCAGUCCCAGCAGACGUUCACCUACCAGAACCCCAAGCUGGUCCGCAUCGUGCCCAGUAAGGGCCCCAUGGCGGGAGGUACCAGACUCACCGUGCAUGGCACUCAGCUCCUCACAGGGCAACCCCAUGACCUUCGGGCAUUCGUUGGCUCGCAGCCUUGUGCCAUUCUGGGUGUGGUGAGUGACACUCAGUUGGUCUGCCGCACCAGCCACUCAAAUCAAACUGCAGAAGUACCCGUCAGGGUGGAGUUUGGACAAGCAAACAGGACUGUAGGUAACAUCCUCUUUCACUAUCUGGAGGAUCCGGUGAUCACCGAUGCAACACCUACUGAGAGCUUCUGUGGGGGUGGACGUAAUAUAAUGGUAAUCGGCCAGAACCUGGACGUGGCCCAGCAGCCGAUGAUGUCCGUCAGAUACGAGAUGGUAGUCAGGAGACGACGAUUCAGUCAUGUCUCAGCCCGGAACAUUCGCUUCGACAGCACCAUGGCCACGAAACAGACCUCCUGUGUAAACGUUAGCUCAGAACGGAUGAGUUGUCUGAGUCCUAAAGUGCCAGAGGGCUCCCGUGUCGUGAGAGUUUGGUUCGAGAUGGACAACGUGCAUUUGGAUUUCGAGAGCAUCAAGGGUACAGGAUUUACAUACCAUCCAAACCCAGAGUUACACUUCCUGAACCGCGAGGACCCGACCUUACCUAUCCGUUUCAAACCUGGAGGAGUGCUCGCUGUCGAGGGAAAAGGUCUAACUCUUGCCAUGAGUAAAGACGAGGUGGUGGCUUGGCUCGGAGACAAGAUUUGUGAUGUGAAGACGCUGGACGACACACACCUCUACUGCGAACCGCCAGAGGAGCAGCCGCUUGGUUCGGAGAACGAAGACCUGCCCAGGCUGAAGGUGGUAAUGGGAUGGAUUGUAUUUAAUCUGAGCACAGUGGAGUACGACAUGGGCACUCACACCCCUGUGCCUCUGGAGGCUCAGGUCGGGCUUGCAGGCGGAGCGGCCGUGGUAGUGCUCAUCGUCCUGGUCAUCAUCCUCAUGUACAGGAGAAAAAGUAAGCAAGCAAUGCGAGACUACAAGAAGGUUCUGGUCCAACUGGAAACUUUGGAGAUCAAUGUAGGAGACCAGUGUAGAAAGGAGUUCACAGAUCUGAUGACCGAGAUGAUGGAUUUAAGCAGCGACGUCGGUGGCCCAGGCAUACCAUUCUUGGACUACCGCACAUACGCAGAGCGUAUUUUCUUCCCCGGUCAAAGAGGGGCGCCACUGAGCCAGAACCUGGACCUGCCAGAAUCUCGCAGACAUACAGUGGAGCAAGGCCUGGGCCAACUCAACAACCUGCUCAACAACAGACUCUUCCUCACACGAUUUAUCCACACCCUGGAGGAGCAGCAGAAUUUCUCCCAGCGGGACCGUGGAUACGUAGCGUCACUGCUCACUAUGGCACUCCAUGAUAAGCUGGAGUACUUUACCGACGUCAUGAAGACCCUGCUGGGGGAUCUGGUGCAGCAGUAUGUGGCCAAAAAUCCCAAACUGAUGCUGCGCAGGACUGAGACAGUGGUGGAGAAGAUGCUCACGAACUGGAUGUCCAUUUGUCUCUAUUCAUUUCUAAAGGAGGUGGCAGGCGAGCCCCUGUACAAGCUGUACAGAGCUAUAAAGUAUCAGGUGGACAAAGGCCCGGUGGACGCAGUGACGGGUAAAGCCAAGCGCACACUUAAUGACAGCCAUCUACUCCGAGAGGACAUAGACUACUCUGCCAUAACUCUGACGGUGCUGGUUAAGAGUGGAAUAGAAGUCCAACCCUGUCCUGUUAGGGUUCUGGACAUCGACACCAUCACGCAGGUGAAAGACAAGAUCUUAGACCAGAUCUACAAAGGAGCUCCGUUUUCUCAGCGUCCCUCAGCCGAUUCUCUGGACCUUGAGUGGCGAUCAGGGCAAGCAGGUCAUCUGACUUUGUCUGAUGAUGAUGUCACAGGCAUAGUGCAAGGUCACUGGAAAAGGAUCAACACUUUGCAGCACUACAAGGUGCCAGACGGAGCCACGGUGGCUCUCAUCCCUCGUUCAAUUGCCGGUGUCACAGGCAUUAAUCAGAUCUUCCAAACUGGAGAAAAGACACCCAUGCUAGAGGGGGAGGAAGACGAGGGUCUCCGUCUGUGGCACCUCGUGAAGUCGAGUGAGGAUCCCGAAAUCCCCAAACACAGGAAAAGCAGCAUGAGAGAGCGAGAGCGCGCCAAAGCCAUCCCUGAGAUCUAUCUCACUAGGCUGCUUUCAAUGAAGGGAACUUUGCAGAAGUUUGUGGACGACGUGUUUGUAGCCAUCCUGAGCACCAAGCGGCCACCCCCGAUCGCCGUCAGGUUUUUCUUCGACUUCCUGGACGACAUGGCAGAGAAGCACGGCAUCGAUGACCCAGAGACCGUGCACAUAUGGAAAACUAACAGCUUACCGCUGCGCUUUUGGGUGAACAUCCUGAAGAACCCUCAGUUUGUGUUCGACGUGCAAGUAACAGACAGCAUAGACGCCGUCCUGUCCGUCAUCGCUCAAACUUUUAUCGAUUCCUGCACCACCUCCGAGCACAAAGUGGGACGGGAUUCCCCUGUGAACAAGCUGCUGUACGCCAGAGAAAUUCCUCGAUACAAACAGCUAGUGGAGAGGUACUACAGUGAUAUUCACAGUGCUGCAUCAGGGUGCUAUCAGGAGAUGAACUCCAUGCUCACCGAGUUAUCAGGAAGCUUUGCUUCAGAGAUGAACAGCGUGGUGGCUCUGCACGAGGUUUAUAAAUACAUCAACAAAUAUUAUGAUCAGAUCAUCAUGGCUUUAGAGGAUGAUCCUGCAGGCCAGAAAAUGCAAUUAGCCUACCGGUUACAGCAGGUCGCCGCCCUGGUGGAGAACAAAGUCACCGACCUUUGAACUUUUAACCUGUGACCCCCUGACCCACAGGAGGAGAGGCUUCGACCAGCCCGGCAUGGCCGAUGAAAGAAGCCAGAUCCAUGCUGCGUGAAAUCCAAUCGAGCCGAGAAAUCUGAUUCCCCCAAUCCCCGCCCUCCUCUCCUUUUCGCCUUCACCGCCACUUCCUGCUUCUGCCUCCAGGGAAGUUUUAACACAAGAGAACGAGUAAGGCAGAAGCAUCAGUAGUAAGGCAGGUUUUUAUCACUGAGAGUGUGUGAGAUUUAAAAAAGAAGAAAAAAGCACAUACAGCCAUUUUUUUAACCUGCUAAGCACAUCAAACUGUUUUUUCUACCACGCUGUUCAGCACUCGUAUGUCACGUCUGAAGCGUGCAUGUGAUUUCUUGAGUGUGUGUAUUUGUGAUCAAGAUGAUUUUUUUUUUUUUUGCUUUUAGACAGAAACAAAACGUCGACUCUGUGCAGCUUUAUGUAACAUAGCAUCAGUGUAAGUUUCCGUUUUGUAGCCGGGCAUAUCAAUUAGGUUCUUGCAAUUAUAUACGAUGCACUCAUUCCUAUCGAAUUUUAAAUCACAAUUACAAGUGCCAUAACAAGUGCAAAAACAGCACGUUUUAUUACAGCACAAGGUGUGUAUGUGUCCGAGAGCAGCUGUGUGUGCAUGUAUGCCAUGUUUUGUUUUUUGUUUUUUUUUCCUUUUAUAUUUUUGGACGAUAGCAUUUCAAUUUUAACCUCCAUUUAGGUGACUUGUCAUAGUGAACGCGCUGGUCAGGUAAAAGACUGAAUGAAUCGCUUUUUUACAUGAUAAGUGAGAAAGAAACAGCAGCAACUUUUUCGAGCAAUAACAAAAUGCUCAACAGACGUUAUCAUAGGGCUGAGAGAUUAAUCAUGUUUUAAUCACGAUCAUAAUUCAACUUUAUCCGUUAAAUAUCAUUGAUUUAAAUGUACAAUAUGUUAAGUUAAACUUGUAUGGUGGUGAUGUACAAAUGAAGCGGGUCUGUUCAGAAUAGUUACGAUAAAUAGUUUCAGUAUUGAAAUAAGAAUAAAAAAAUACAGAACAAUUUUGAUAAUCAAUUUAGCCCUAUCUGUUAUUUUGUUUUUGUUUUUAAGUAGUAGUCUAAAACAACUUUUUCGACUUGCCUGCUGAGUUCAAUGAAAAAAUCAAAACCAUUUUAUUGACUGAAGCCUUAGCACAGAUUUACUUUUUUUUUUAUUUUACAAACGACGAAAGUGAAUUCUGUAAGCGAGGCACGAAGGCGUUUUUUGAGAUAAGCGAAUCGGUGAGUGGGCGGAGCCACUGUGCGAAGGUUGGUGUUUUGAAGACGUGCCGACACUGAAUAGAAGUAACUAACUUAUUUUUACUGUAAAUAGCACUUAUUUAUACAAGAUUACCAAACGUGCCUUGUUUGUAACCUUUAAUAACGAUUACCGAUUCCAGUAUACAAGCUCGACGUUAUUUGCCAAAUAGAGGAGAGAAAAGUGCCAAGGGAUUUAAAAAAGACAAAGGCUGGACUGGACACAUUCAGCUAUUCACACCACUUACAACGUUUUUUUUGUAUAAAUGUGUGUUUGCUGUCAUUGCUGUAAAGUAUCUGUCUCAGGAUCACAGCUGCCCAUCACGGUAAUUCAGUAUUGCUAAAUGCUUUCCAGUGUACACUGAUCUGAAGUGUUCAAUCUUCAGGCUUUUAUAAAUAUUUUUUUUGCAUUUUCUGUGAUGCUUGUGUAAAUAGAAAUGAUAUCAAAUUGUAAUCACAAUUUCUUUUUGUGCCUCAUUUUUUUUUUGUCUGCAGCACUUUGUGUUUACACUUUAGUCUCUUCUGUUGCUUUAUAAAUCUUUGCUAGGUUGUUUCGUGAUUGCUUGAACAGGGUGUGUGUGUGUGUGUGUGUGUGUGUGUCCUCAAUCAGCCAGUGAAAAAAUGUGGGCUGGGCAAAACACAAAUACCACACACCUGUAUGUAUAUAAUAUCAUACAAACGGAGCUGUUUGUAAUUUGUAAAUCUGUCUACUAGCUGCAAUUCCAAUUUUAAGAAGAAGAAAGACAAAAAAAAACACUGACAAGCUUUUCUUCUUCUCGUCAAUCAAUCCUAACUGAUAUUUUAAAACUACAGACACAUCUCUUUUCUUAAAAGGUGCUUUUUUUUUUUUUCAUUUCUUCCCUAUCAUGGUUAUUGGCUCCUCUUUUUAAGCGAAAGUGGAGUAAGGAGGCAACAAAGGAAAAAACAAGAUGAUCAUUAAAAUGUAAAGCACAUUGUAUAGGACAUGCCUAAAUAUAAAUAUUUUAUCCUACGAACGUAACGAGGAAGGUAAAGGCUUAAGACGUGCUUCCUCUGAGACACGUGGAAUUAGCUAAUCUUCACAUCAUCUUUUCAAACCACAGAGGAAAGCGCUAUCCACCCGCUUCCACAUACAUGAGCUCACAGACAAACACGACUGGCUCGUGCCACUGUGAUCAACAGGAGAGAGAGAGAACGAGACUGGGUUUUUUUUUGUUUGUUUUUAUUUCCUCUCACGCUGGAAGCUCCUGUCUAUCCACGUCUUCGUGUUACGUUUGGUUCUUAGGAAUUGAUACGACUUUAAAGAUGGUGGACUUCAUGAGCGAUCGACGGAGAAACCGAAGAAGCAUCAGACUUGUAUAUGCCUUACAGGUUAACUUUUAAGGAAAAGAGGCGGAGCUUUCUUCCACUUGGGGACGGUUCUAUGUUUUAAAAAUGUAAAAAGAAAAAGAACUACGAUGAAGGAUCUAGCCACACCCACUGCAUGGCAAAGUGACAAACCACUAUUUUUUUUUACUUUUUUUAAACGAUUACAAACUGCACCUUUGUUAUGAGGGACUGUUGAAAUACUCAAAUAGUUAAAAUGUUUAGAAGGUUUUUUUAUUGUUAUUGAAAAAGAAGACAAAUUGUAAGUUGAUAUUUAUUUAGGUAUAAUUUAGUAAUAUCAGGGUUGACGAAAGUAAUAGUACAUGCAGAAUUGGGUGGUAACUAGAGUACAAGCAGAAUUGGGUGGUUUAAAACAGCAGGUGAAUCUUCAUUAGUUUAUACAGAACAUGUGUGUUAGCCUGAAAUUUGAAUGCUUGGCUUCUCAGUGUAGUCUUAAUUAUUAGAGACUUGUGCAUGCAUGAGGUUUUAUUGCCUUUUGUUUGUUCGUUUUUUGUGCGUUUGUUUGUUUGUUUUUUUAAAUUGAGCGCAUGAUGCUUGUGUCUGUGGUUCACAACCGGCCCGACUGGACAGCGUGUGUACGUAUGAGCAAAGCCCCUGUGUACGAAACAAACACUUUUCCUCAAGAGAAUGAAAAAAUAUAUAAACGAGAGUGAACUUGUUCCUGACUGUACUGUCUGUGACACCGUCUUGCCAAAUGUGCAGUACUUUACUGUAUUUUACUCAUUGUGUGUGAGAGACACCAGAGGGACAGUCGACAGGUGUUUGUGGGGCAAAUCGCCAUAUUUUACACUUUUUUUAUAUAUAUAUCACAAAGGGGCAAAAAAAAAACGAAAAUGAUGUAAUUUUCUCAAGGAAUCAGGGUUAAAAGAAAGCUUCGGCCUGUUGUAAACUUCAAUUCUCUUUUGUAUUUGUAUUGAAUAUAAUUUGCUAACAGUUGUGUAUAUGUGCCUGUAAAUAUUACGAAGAAAAAAAAUGUUUUUGACUUGGAUACAUUUCUCUGUUAAAGAGAAAUUAAGAGCCAAAAUAAUCAAUACAGUGAAUGAAAUCACAAUUUGUAUGAGAAAUGAAAAAAUAAAGGUUAUAAUUUUAAC